AUGGCUAUCAAGCGCGUGAUACUGUUUGGUAUGGAGAGGUUCAAGGUGGAAGGUUCAGGGUGCCGUGGUGCUUACGAUAGCCCGCAACGUAUUGCCCGGGCGGCUCGCGGCGCGAAUGUGAAGCGUACCGUCGCAUGCGCACCGCACGCGUCCAAUCUACAGGUGACAGUAACGUACCGGCGCGGUUUGCCGGUACUCACCAUACCGCUACCGUCACGGCGCGAGCGAUGCCGCUUCACACUCCGUCCCGUCUCGCAAACUGUCGGCGAUCUAUUAGAACAGGUGAAGGCUGAGGACCGUGGAGUGGAGCGCGCGGCUGCGCUGGCGGCGGAUGAGCGCGUGCGCAUCGCCGCGAGCGACACCAUCGAGGCUUUAUUGGAGAGUGACUUCCGACUUAUCAUCAACGACACAGAAUACUACGUCAAGACACCGGCACAGGAGCGCCUAAGUCAAGAAGAGGUAACGCGGUUAAGCGACGUGCGGAACUUGGUGAAUCAGCUGUAUGAAGCGCUGAAUGUUCGAGAGCACCAGAUACGUAAGGAGCGGGAGCUGAAGGCACAGCUGGAGAAACUGUCCACUGAGCUGCAGCCACUGGAGGAGAAACGUAUGAGCCUGGAAGUGGAGACUACACGUCGUACAUCAGCCCUCACGUGGGUGGGUCUAGGACUAAUGGGCGUGCAGUUUGGUGUGCUGGCUCGUCUGACCUGGUGGGAGUACUCUUGGGACAUCAUGGAACCUGUCACGUACUUCGUCACCUAUGGAACGGCGAUGGCAGCGUAUGCCUACUUCGUUUUGACUAAACAGGAAUACGUGUUACCCGAUGUUAAAGAUAGACAGCACCUGUUGACUCUGCACAAAAAGGCGAAAAAGAUUGGACUCGACAUUAAUCAUUACAACACUCUUAAGGAUGAGAUAGCAAAAGUAGAAAAAGACCUCAAUCGUCUCCGCGACCCUCUUCAUAUUCAUCUGCCGAGUAACCUAGGAGGUAAAGGAGGUGGAGCUGAUGACAAACGUUCCCCUCUCUCGAAAAUAAAAGACAUGUUGGAGGAAACCAGCAAGAAGAUGAAAAUCACGUAA